AUUGUUUUACCAGAUUCAGGUUUCAAAGAGAAAUGAAAGGAAUUGAUAUAAAUCUCUAAGUAGAAUGGAAAAAAAUGCAUCGUAAUUAAGUAAUAAACAUGGAAAAGAAUAAUCUACUAUUUGUGUUAGACAAAUUAGCUCAUACAGACAUUAAAGGUAUUGCCGGCAACAUUGACGAGGCUUUUAAAGAUACUCAACAAACGUUAGAAGAAGCUGUUCCUAACGUAUUCACACUUUCAGAGUUGCAGCAUUUAACAAAAAGUGAAAAAUUUACAAUUAAUGAUCAUACCAGCUAUGAAAAGUUCAUCUUCUUGAGCCUAGAAUGUCUGCUAAGGCUGAAGGGAUGCCUGGAGAGGGAGAAAGACGAGACAGGGCAGUUAUUGAGUGUCGCCCACCAGAGGUCAGUGAGGUUGUUGUUGGAUCACAUCGUAAACUUGGGCGUCUGGCCGAACUUACUCCCGGGAGUGAGCCCUCCUGUCAACCUCGGUGCUGGCAGUGACUUGCAGAACUCACUCUCUGAUUUUGAGAAAUACAAAUGCCUCUGCCUGGUCACUUCAGGGCUUGUUGAGCUUUACCACAACGACACACUCCAUGGCAUCAUACUGCCUCAGUUCCUCACAGCUCUUAUGUGCAGCCUUUGUCAACUGACCAUGGUGCCGCUGAAGAAGUCCUCAGAUACUUACCUUCAGCUGCAGAAGGAGCGUCUUGUCUACCAACACCAUCUAGACAACGUGUUGAACAAACUCUACCAGCCGAUGGUCAUCAAAGAGUUGAUGAUUAUUGAGGGAAACCGAAAGAGUCCAAAGUGGCUAAAGCAAGGUGUUGGUAGACUGUUGACGCAGCAGUUACAUCGACCUCAUGGUGUGUUGGCAACACUGAAUGCUGUGAGAGAUGCUGCCAACUAUGCAGCACCAAAUACCUCGACCCACCUUGAGUCUGUCGCUAGAGUCAUUACUGCCUCUCCGGCUCUCAAUGUUAUCUGUCCUCAGAUUCUUGAGGUGUUGGACUCAAAGGAGGCAGAAAUCAUCAAAGUUGGAGUGAUUUGUGUCAAAACACUUCACAGCCGAGAUCCUGUUGCGUGUGAAUCUCACUUACUGCAGCCAAUCACAAGACCUCUCCUGAAUGCUGCGUCUGAACAAGAAGUCACCGUUAGUCUCCAAAGACUUCACAAGUGUUUUUCUGUCCCAGCCAGUGAUCUAUGGUGUCUUUCAGUGGAGCUUCUCACACCUUACAUCCAUGUUUUGUUCUCUCUCUACACCAAAGUCUACCAAAGUGUAUCGUCCGUUCGUCAAACUGUCGAAGAUUUAGUAUGGAGAUUUUUAUCGAAAUGCAAAGAACCUAUGUUGAACGUCAUUUUACGUUGUCUUUUAUACCGAGAAAGAGUUGGUGGGGUACAUAUUAAGGACGGUUUGGAAUUUGUUUUCGGAGAUGAUGGAGGCGUGAAACAUAUUGAAUCAGAUGUGGAACACUCUUUAGAGGAGUUCGGAGAUUGUUUGAUGAUACUGUUGGAGAGAAGAGAUAACUCUGGUAUGUUGGGGAACAAACUUUUUACAACACUUCUUGAAUUUUCCUCUGAGAAAAAAGAGUGCACCAUUGAUGGAUUCGAACAACAACUGCUCACUUUGAAACUACUCGCUGUGCUUUCAGAAAACGCAGAAGUGCAAAAGAGUUUAAGCAUGAAUCCACAACCUGUUGUGAACUUUUUGAAAACAAUGAUCGAAAGGCAUUCACACCAUGAAGAAAAUGUGGAAAUUAUCUGUCUGGUUUUGGUUGUUCUGAAUGUGAUUCUCAACGAUAGCAUUCAUUCUAAAUCGGUUAACUGGAAAUUUUUCAGUCCACUUGAAGAACCGCUGUCAAAGCUUAAAGGUGAAGCCAAAAGUGUCGAACUACAGAUGUUGGCUGAAGAGGCGUAUGAAGUGAUAACAUCUAGGGGUGUUGUUAGAUCUAAAAGUAAAAUUACAAGUAAUCAGAAAACACCGCAAAAUAAACCGUCAGAAAUUAAAAGUGCUGCAGCGGAAAAAGAUCUAUUCAGAGAGGCCCUGAGGGACUCAUGUGAUCCACUACUUCCUGUUAGAGGACAUGCUCUUAUACAACUCGGAAAACUUCUGGCCUCUGGUGACAAACUGGCAAAAGUAAAAAAGGAUCAGAUCUUAUGCAUUUUUCAGGAAAAUUUAAAAGAAGAAGACUCAUUCCUUUAUCUCAGUGCCAUUGAAGGCCUGUCUAUCGCCGCUGCUGAAUUCCCAGACAGUGUCAUUUUGUCGUUGACUGAACAGUUCAGCCGUCGGACUCUGAAGCCGGAGACUAGAAUGAAAGUGGGCGAGGCCUUAGUAAGAGUCAUCAAGAUGCUAGGAGAUUUGAUACCGGUUUACAAAAGUGAACUGAUCAACACUUUCCUUUCCGGGACAAGAGACGAUGACUUCCUAGUACGAGCCUCAAGUCUCUCUAACCUUGGAGAACUGUGUAGAGUGUUGGGGUUCCGGGUGGGACCCAUCAUAGCUGAGGUUUUGAUGUGUGUUCGCUGUAUAGCCCAGUCUGAUCCGUCUGUUGAGGUUCGUAGGGCUGCAGUCAUGCUUGUCUCUUUGCUACUGAAAGGACUAGAAAAAGAUGUUCUCACAGUUUUGCAAGAUGUGUUGUUAGAACUUUACCACACUCUGAAGCACAUUUACAACAAUGACCGAGACGAUGUGACGAGACUUCACGCACAACUAGCUCUGGAGGAACUCAACGCUAGCACCUUGAUGUUUCUUUUCCCCAAACCACAACUGACCAAACAGAUAUUUGUACUGGAUCCACCCUCCUGAUAAACAAUUUGGUAACA